AUUUAAAAGAGAAAAAUGGUAGAUCUAAAGAAAACUAAUUCGAAACUACCACUAGCAGUUUCAAAAUGUCAGCGCCCAGUGCACGAAUCUGACCCCAAACCUGACCAAGGACAUUACGAGCAUUUUGUCGCAAAUUUCUCCUUUCUACUCAGCAAAAAACUUAGUGAUUUAGACAGAAAAAAAAAAACAAGAAUGGCAUGGUGCAUUGCUAGAUGUAACAGCGUACUACAGAAGAAUGUAAGAAAUGGAAUCGUCUGCUUCAGAAAGUAUUCAGUAACUCUCAAUGCAGCAGCAAGACUUUCCCAUAGGACACUGAUCAGUCAUUUAGAAGAUAACAGGUUAAAAAUAAAUCAUUCAGGAAGCAUAAGAACUUUUCGUUCUUCCAUUGCACUUUUGAAGAGGUUCAAGGAGUCAGACUAUGAAACAGUGAGAGUCAUAGAUCCCAGCGGACAGUUUCUAUGUAAUGCUGAAAUGUUAGUCCUUGAAAAGUUUUGCCAUCGUUUUCAUCGUUUCACUUUUCAAGAGUUUAAACCCGAUAAUAAAGAUUAUUCAGAAAAUGCCGUUGGUGAUGGAAGUCUACGGGUCUUUCAAUUAAUGGACAAGAGGAAGGAGAAGUCGCAGGAAAAUAAACAAACCAAGACAAAAGUCAUAAAAUUUCAUAAAAAUCCAGCUGCCGAGGAAAAGAUGUCAAAAGUUUGGGAAAUACUGGUUGAUAAAGGAAAAGUUGACAUUACAUUUGAUGAAAAGGAGAACCAUGUUACAGGAGAUGUUAUGAAAAUGCUGCAAGUGUCCAAAAAUAUAAAAGUGAUUCCGUCACCAGACAAGACAGUUUAUUUAGCAUAUUUAAGUGAUAUAGACUUUGACCUAUUGCAGAGCCUGUUUGAAGGUGUACAAAAACAGGAAGCAGAUCACAUUGCCAAAGUUAAAGAAAUGUUGAAAACCAUGGAUGGUCAAUAAAUAGGAAAAGACCUUGAUGUUACACUUGUCAUCUUCUUUGGAUCAGUAUAGCUGCUGCUGUCAUGGCCACCACUAUUGGAAUUUUUAAAAUUCACUAUAAUUUUACUGCCUUUUUCACUAGAAUUCUACACACAAAUAAAAUUAUAGUUUUAUGAAAGUACA